AUGGAUUUGUUAGGUGCACAGAUUUUUGAUGAACUGGAAUUGUCAAAAAAGCCCUUGUCUGUUGAUUACCUGUGCAGAAAGUGUAAAAAGCCAGAAAAACAGAUUGAGGAAUCUUUAGAGAAUCUUAAGGCUAUUGGCCUGGUUAGCUCUGAUCAUCAGGGAUACUGGGUUUUAUAUAGUGAUAAUAUAUACACAGCAGAUGAUCUUUCUCUGGAUGCAGAGCAGUUUGACUCACUGCCAAGACAUACUGACCCACCAAGACAAAAUGAAACAUUACCAAAAGUGCCAACAGAGGCUGAGACAGAACUAAAAGUUCUAAAUCAGGCCAGUAACUCACCCAUUGAUUCAAGCUCAUGUCACACUAUUCCAAAAGUGCCAAGUAAUUCUGCAUCAAAUGCAGAAUGUAGCCCUUCCCAUAGUCCCUUGAGAGGUGUGUAUAAUGUUUCUCAAACAUCUGAUACUACAAAACCCAAAGUGCCAAGCAGAGAGAGAUCUGAGGCCAAUUGCUCGUCAACACCAGUUAUAGAAGAGGUCACAUUAUCUGGAUCAGAGGAAGAAGAUUUGUCAAGAAAGCUAGAGGCAACCUCUUUAAAAGAACCUGUUAACCAAUCAACUGCAGAUGGUGUAGUUGUUCCUUGUAAAAGUAGGCAACCUGCCAGACAGAAUUCUGACCAGACAACUAGCAUGGUUGUUGGAGGAUGUCAGAUUGAGACUUCUGGUUCAGUGAAAUCAUGGCAACUGUCAAGAGUAGACCCCGCUAUUAAACAACCUAAAGAUAUAAUUGUUUCAAUUAUUCAACACUUUCAAUCAACACAUUCAAAUGGAGAGAAAACACUUGAUGUUGCCAAGAAAUGCAUUGGUAAAAAUGCCUCAAAAAAAGAUAUAAAUAGAUAUCUUCACAGCCUUAAUAAAGUUGGAGUUCUUCAAGUCGAAUAUCAGAAUAAGCAGAAAAACUCAGAUCCUCGCUGGAGGGCCACACAGAAAAUUCAUGACAUAUCAGAUGAGAAAAUCGAAGAAAUAUCAGCAGAAUUGAGCACUUCAAAGAAUUCAAGAUCAGAUCAGAUUGCUAGACUUCCAUCAAAUGGUGAGCAGACAGGAAACUCCUCUCCAUGUAGCCCUGGUUGCCUGCACCUACAUCAACAUCACCAUCACCACAGGCAUGAACACCACACCGUGGUCCAGGUGGGAGAGGGAAAUAAGAUGCGCGCGCAUGUCAAUGUGUCAGAUAUUGAAAGUUAGAGGGAGAGAGAAACAGAGGAGGAAAUUUACAUCAGGCAUUGAGAAUGAUGUACUGUUACUUAUCCUUAUAUCAUAGGAGACUUAAAACGUCUUUAUUUUGUCAAAAAAAGAGUGAAUUUUACUGUAUUUAGGAAUGAAAACCUGAGAAUUUGGCAUUACUAACAACAUGUGGUAAAUGGUAGGAUUGUUAUCAAGGUUCAGUCCAGGUUGUACGGGGAUUUACUCUGCCUUGUAUUCCAUACACCCUCAGGCCAUAGGGUGUAUAGAAGACAAACUGGGUAAAUCCCCGUACACCCUUGAUUGAACCUGGAAUUUAUUUCCUAUUUCACUCAAUAAAAUCAAUGUAAACCUCUGUUUCAAACUGUCGUGCAAUAAUGUCAUUUGCUUUUUGUGAUAGAGAAACUAUGCAUUGUGUCAUCACAUUAUUUACCCCCGCCUCAAGCUCAGAAAUUUACACCCAGCUUGCAAGCCAAUCAAUUCUCGCGUUACAAGCUAGAUAGGAAAUAAAGUAAAUUAUUCAGGUUUUUGAAGUCUUUAAUAUAGAAUCAAACAUGGAAGAUCUUUGUGCAUAUUUAAGAUAAUUUUGUAAAUGUUAGAUAAUAUAUUGUAGUUUCUUGUAUGAUUUAUUUUAGAAAUGUUGACACUGAUUGAAGGAUGUUA